UUGGGGUUAAUAGUGCAGGCUUUGACACACACAAGGAACAAUGGCGGAACAAAUCCUGCACUGACCGUCUGUAGAAAGCGGACAUCCCUGCUUAUUAUCGGAGAGUGGUUUAUGUUCAAUAAAGAUACGUUUACACCUGUUCAGCAAUAAACCAAAGGGCCACCACCAUGUUGUCAAACUGUUACCAGAAGUUCUACACAAACCAGAUCCACUCCAGCUCUUUGCUGUGUCAGCUGUCCACCAUGUGGAAGAGCCAGGUCCUCUGUGAUGCCAUGAUUAGAUCGGGCUCAACAAUCAUCAAAGCACAUCGGGUAAUCUUGGUUGCCGCUUGCCCAAUGUUACAGUCUAUGGAGAAGUCAUCAGUAGGAUCACACCUGGAGGUUCGCCUAGCAUCAGACAUCACAGCAGAUUCCAUUAACACAUUCCUACAGUACUUGUAUGAGGGCUUCAUGAUGCUGACAGAGGAAAAUUGUAGAGAAGUGGAGAAAAUUGCCAGAUUGUUACAAGUUGACAGUGUCAUUAAGUGCUGUGCAGACUUUAGCAAGUGCAUAAGCUUGAAAACUGGUACGGGUAAUUUUAAUAAUGAACAAUAUCGCUACACAUUCCAUGACAUGAUUGAAUUCCGCCAUGUUAGGUCUUCUGACCUGCAGAAGACAGUGCAGGAUAAAAUGAAGAGACCUGCUACAGAUUUCCUCAGAGCAGGAAGCCCGAGUGCUAAAAGGCCAAAGCAUUUCCGGAUGGGGAGUCCUUCUGAUAUUUCAGUGAUAGCAGAUAGGUUAUCCAUGGCACAGAGCUACGCACAUCAAGAGAAAGUGAACCAUUCCAGUGCUCUGACACCAAGUCAGAGACAGAACAGUAAUUCCCAGAAACAACCUGUCUACCCAGUGGAGAUAGUGGAGGACAGCAUCGAGCUGGUGCAAACAGAAUUGAACCCUGAAACAAACACAGUUAAUGUGGAUGAGGCUGUGUCGGUGGGGAUCACCAGCCAUAUAGACAAUUCCUCAGACUUACAAGUGAUCGACAUAUCAAAAGAUAAAUCAAGCCAAAAUAGUGCUAGCAGUAGUAGCUCUGCUGUCCUUUCCCACCACCCCCCUGACUCCAUCACUGUGAAUCCUCUGGAAAAUUUUGCAAAUUCAGACAGCUCCAUAUCUAGUCUUAGAGAGUCUCCCUUCGCUUCUGCUCUGACAUCUCAUCGAACAUUAUCCUCAGCUUCAUCCAGACAUCAUGAUGACAUUCCCACCAUACGGAGGUCGAAAGGGCCCGACCGGCCCCCAGAACCUCUGUCCUUGCAGACAGUACAGCAGAUGACUAGAGCCUCAAACUCCCUGGCCUCCAGCAGCAGCCCUACACAGUCCAACUCAGACUCUCAGUGCAGCAGACCAUCGAUGGUUCCAUCAGAGAGAGCAAAUCGGACCAGCAGGGCUGGGGCGUCUAGUACUUACCAAACACCAGAUUCAAAGAAAGAAAAAAGCUCUCAACAAGGUGACCCAGACCUGAGCAUUGUGAAAAAAGAAGCAGAGGAAGAUUCUGCCAACCCAGGAUUGGACAUGUAUGUGGACUCACUGAACGAGCCCAAUGACACAGGGCAGCGAGAUUCUGAGGUGGACGACACAGAGGGGGAGGUCACUGGUGACUGGAGCAAAGAGGACCUGUCCAUGGAAGGAACCCCUGGUACUGAACAAACAAUGUGGGUGGAUCCGAGCUUCAAAGAGCAUGGUUGGAUAAGUACACCACAUCGGGCCACAGAGGUUCUGACCCAACUGGCUUUGUACUCCACCCCACCUGGUGGUGGUCUGACUCCCAUAGAGCCCCCGCCUCUCUCUGUGUAUGUCACUCCCCCCAAUGGAGGCAGCAGCAGACGCAAAAAGAAAAAACAGUACGACCGUUCAAUGGAUCACAAAGAGAGUGCGUUGAGCAAAGAGGAUGAAAAGAGUACGGACGAUUCAGUGUCGGCUGAUGGGGAGGCCUUUUGUGCUAGUGGGCUGGUAUCCACAAUGACUGAGACUGAGUUUGUUCAGUUGUCCAGUAUGAUUCCUUCAUUCAGUGACUCCAAGGUUCACUGUACUGAAAGCCUGCAAGGAAAACAGAAGAACUGUGUUCUCUGCAAGUACCUGGGUAGAAAAACCAAUGAAGGACUACUGAAGGUUCGAACCAGAGCCAAAUGUAACGCUUGUGAUACUCCACUAUGCAAAGGACCGCCCAGGAACUGUUUCCGGGACUUCCAUGAGCUGUACAAGAAAUUCAAAUUUCCAGACUUGAAAUGGAGUCAUGCUUCUGUGUACCAGUACCCUGGAAGAGGGGUGAACGCUCGCUUUAUCAUCAGCCCAGAUAUCAAUGAUCCCCUUCAACAACAAUAAGGAAAAUACUGCUGUUUUUUUUUUUAUAUAAACAACCGGUUCUUAAACCAAUGUACAACAAAAUUGAUCAUGAUAGGACUAGAAGACUUGGUUGUACCAGAAGGUGUGAUUGCUCAAUGGCUCCCUCUAUAUGCGUUACUUACUGACAUUGUGAAAAUAUGGGUGUUGGUGAUUUUUUACAUUUAUUUUUAUAUUCUUCUUAUUUAAAAGAUCCUUAUUCUCCUUAAUUGUCAGGUAUCAGCAUUUUCAGUACUUGCAAGGAAAUGCAUAUGUUCCUAGAGGUAUUCUUUUUGAAACUCUCACUGGUUGCAUGAGUUUUCAAGGUACGAAUAUGAAAGCAAUUUUCACACCUGACCAAUUUCAAAGGAAUACAUAUAUACCCCAAACAUUUCAGUUGUUCACCUAACUGAAUCCUAUCAAAGUCUGUAAACUGGCUUAAGUCUAUAUAAAGUGGAAAGUCCUUCUACAAAAGAAGACAAGAAUAAUGAAAUUAUGAGAAUUUAUUACAACAUUUUUUAAAGCAAAUCAUUAUAAAUAAGUUUAGAAGUGGUGCCCAUCGUUUUUUUUCUGCGCUUCAUUUAUUUCCACAAUACCUGGUAAUUUUUUAAUUUGAUUCAGAGUGAUAAUUUUUUCUUCAUGUUUGUUGUGGAAAAAACCAGAACUCUUUUGCAGUUAUCAUCCUAUUACUUGAAAGUUACCCAAAAGUCUCAAAAUAAACUCAAUUGAUGCCAACCUAAAAUUGGAUAAGUAAUCAAUAAGCAUGUAUUAAAAACAACACUGGUGUUGGCGUGAUGAUGGACUGUAAUAUUUGACUUUUACCUGAUAUACACAGUGAUAUUUAGCACAUCUGGUUCAUUAAAUCAAGCUUUCCUAUUGACAGUCGGUCACUUGUAUAUGUUCUUAUAGAUACACAUUACAUCUAGAAAUGGACAUCAUGCAAAGUCAUUAUUGCUUUCACAGGUUUUUAUCCAGUUUAACGAGUGUAAGUGGAUUUUUUGUUUGGUACAUACUUGGUUCUAAGACCAUCUACAGAAAUCAUUUUAUUUGAUCAUCAGAUUGCUUACUAAAACAUAUAAGAGCUUUUUCUUAAUUAGAAGAAUUUUUUCAAAGGGUGUUUUUUUCCAUAUUAGUUAUUUUUACCACAUACAUUUUCAUCUGUAAAAGUUUAGAUUCACAUUAAUGCGGUUGAGUAUAAAGAAAUAUAGUUUACCAUUUUUGAUAAGCCCAAUUUGAAUUUGCCCACAGGCAAUGAUGACAAAGAUAUGGGGAAAAAAAACUUGGAUGAAAAUAGUAAAUACAGUAGUUAAUUAAAAAAUUGCAUUAAUUGUCCUAAAAAUAUUUUAAAAUUUCUUGUUAUUUCUAGUAUAUAUUUUUAUGAAGUUCUUGCUUACAUGUUUUAUCUAGUCAUUGGAGCAGGUCUGCUUACAUAUAAUGUGAAUGUAUCCUGAGUGUAGGGAGAUGCAAAUGAACUAUAUAAAGUAAACCAGUAGCAGGCAUUCUGGUGAUACUCAGGGUCAACCUAAGCUGUGAAUGAGCAAACUAAGAAUCCAUGUAUUAAAGAGGCCACAAUAGAUUGUUAAAUUUUUAUUGAUUUCUAAUAUUUGAAACUGAUAGGUUGUGUCCAGUCUCUGUGUAAAAUCUCCACUAAACUUAAUUAGAGUGGACUUACAUGUAUGUAGAAUAGGCCAAUGUUUAAAAAUCACACAGGGCAUUCCAUGCAGAGGAAAAAUUAUUUUCUGCCAUUGUUUAUAUGGUAGCUUGUUUAUAUAUGUAUAACUCAUGUUAUAGCCAGAUUUAUAUUCAUAUAUAUAUAGUAUCUAAAUUACAAAGUUUAUCAGCUAUACUUAUGUGCUGUAUUUGUUGAUUAUUAAUAAAUUCUAUGGAUUUUUA